GUGAGAAAGAGGGGGGCCUGGGGCGGAGAAGCCAAAGAAAGGUGCCGUGUGUUCGCCCCCAAGGGCGUUAAUAGUGAGUCUCCGUUAGGAAAGAGAAAGAGAAGCCCAGUUCAGGAAGUCGAGUCUCUGACAUCAGUGGCAGGGCUGAGUUGGAGUGAAACCUCAAAAAUGCAGGGCGUGAGCCAGCUCGAGGAGAGUGGAACAGAGGGAGCUUUUCUUAGGGAGAGAGGGCAAGGCGGGCCUGCCCCGGGCCCGGAGCCCAACAGCCCAGGGACCCAAAGGGGCGAGAGACCGGCCCGGCCCCAGACCUCAACGUUUUGCUCACCGUCAUUUCUUUUAGAUGCCUAGAGUUUGGCUGCUGGGGGCCGAUGCGGGGACAGCGCUGAGACCCGAGAAGCUCACCCCCGCUCCGACCCCCGGGCCGGGCCGGGCCGGGCCCAAGCCGGAUUUGCAGGCCACCUGGAGGACCCGCGGAGGGGGAGAAAGAAACAAGAGAUUCGGUGUUACCAACCCUAAAGAGAAAGUUCAUUUGUGAUUCACUAGGAGUGUGGGAUCAAGGAUUGGAACACAGUGCUUCAUAUAUACACCGAGCAUCCCUCUGCCUUGGCUCCUACCGCCAAGUCCCGUGACUCGGAAGCGGCGCCCAUGUCCCCUGGGGAGCUGGGAGAGGAAUGCAGAGGCUCUGGAGCAAAGGGUGCUGGCCAGUGGGAUUUCCUGCACAUCUCUCUCUCCUAGGGACCCAGGGCCCAAGGGUGAAUUUACCGAGUUGAAUCGGAGUCCAGUGGAUCCCAGAAGGGCUGGAGAGCUGGGACUUUCUCCAUCUAGCAGGUUGCUAUGGAGCAAAUAAACUCCUUUUUCAGCUCCCUCUGGAGCCUGGUCCACAGGAAACACGAGGAGGGCAUCUUUAAUACCAUCUGCCUGGCAGUGCUGAUGGGGUUGCCGCUGGUGGUUUUUCUCAUCCUGCUGUUCAUAUGUUGCCACUGCUGUUGCAGCAGGCCUAACAAAGGAGGCAACCAGCCAGAAAGAACCAAGAAGAAGAAGAAGAAGAAGGAUGAAGAGGACCUGUGGAUCACUGCCCGACCCAAGCUUCUCCAGCUGGAGAAGAGGCCUUCCCUGCCAGUCUAGCGGGAGGGAGAUUAGACCAGAUAAUUACAAGCCCUGUGGGCUUGGGACCUUUCAACUGAUGCCAAGGAGAGAAGACAUUCCUGAAAUGGCUUUUCCAAAACCCAAGAUGACCAACAGAAGAGACUGCCACUUUCAACCUUAGGUCCGCACAUGGGCAAGUGUACAAAACUAGGUUGAAUAGAUGUGCAAGCAUGAGUGGACCCUUGUACGUGCUUGGGUAUGCAGAUGUGGAUGUGCUCUCUCAGAUGCCUGUCUAAACACUUGUACGGUCUUGCUGCAAACUUAUGCAGAUGGACACAUUUCCAGCCGUGGACGUCAGUGAUAUAUGCCCUUUCUAUACAAGACCACAGAUGAACUCACGACCUUUGGAAGGCCCAUGUUUCCAUGUGCAAAACCCCCCAGCGUCUAGGCAUAAACAAGCACAUUUUCAGGAGCAUGGAGAAAUGGGACAGAUCCAAUCCUGCUGAAUGUUCUUGCAGCCUAGAAGAGUUUCUCUAAUUCUGCAAAUAGAAGAGCUCUGCUCCUCAAGAUCUUAAAGACUCUCAGGCGCCACUUCAGGGCCAAGCAACCGAGAGCCUUCCUUGAAUCCAACCGAAGGUUAAUUUCUUGGAAAGGAAAUUCAGCGAGAGUGACUCACUGUACAGUAUUGAGAUUUUAAGAUCUGGACGAUGUAUGUUUUACUGGGGUUGUGGGAGAUUGUAUUUUGAGCUAAUAUAUGUUGAACAGGAUUUUUUUAUUUUUGGAAGACAACUAGGCUGCAGUGCCUAGAAUUCAAGAAUUGCCCAAUUUAAAAUUGCACAAAUAAAAAUGACAGAAGGGCUUGUUUUAGACAAAUUAA